ACUCAACACCUGUUUUCUCUCUCCAGUUGCCCUCCUCCAUCCCCUCUCCCUUCUUCUAGAAAAAUAUUUAAAGUACCGGACUGAUUCUCGAAACAUGUACAGUAUUCAUUUUGGAGUCAUUGUUCCCAUUUUGAGUGUGGUCCCCCACCAUUGUUGACACCCGGGACGACCUGCCCUACUAAGGGGGAGUGCCGCGGAGAGAGAGAUUCGAUGAGAGAAGAGAGUGUGAGUGUGAGCAAGAGAGAGGCCCACAUACAUAAAUAAACGUUCCCUUCACCACCAUUAUUGAUCUUUGUUUUCCCCUUAGGGCUCCCAAUCUUUACUUACAAUCCAAAAAUGGAGAAGCCCUACUUCCCAUUUCCCAACACCACCAAUGAGGAACCCUACACAGCCUCCUCUCAGCCCCAACCUCAUCCCCAUUCCUCAUCCUCCUCCUCAUAUGACCAACACCAUCACCCUUACUCCUCGUUGUCCUCGUCGACCUCGACUUUCCCAUAUCAUCACCCGGCACCAUUUCCUUCUCCCUACCUUCCUAUGGUGCCACCCUUUGCGGUUCACCCGCCAACCUCCCAACCACCCACUGAGCCCUUCUGGGUGGGACCCAAGGUCCAGCAUCCCGUGUCCUAUUCGGGUCAGCCGGUCCACAGAUUCUCGGGCAUCGCUCUCUCACAGCCCAACUAUACCAACUUCAACACCAGCACUAUGUCACCAGUGGAUCAGGAGAGGAUGGCUGCUGCCGAUGCCUGGACUACCAAGGUCGCGAGGACUAAGCGGAAGAUAGCAAGGCAGAGGAGCCUCAACUUGAACCGGAGCUCUGAGGAUCUGGCUGCCAUGUUCCCUCAUUUUUACUACGAUGGGGUCGAUGAUGCUACUACUGUUUUAUCCAUGCAUGAAACAAUGGCGAGCUCUGCCUAUAAGAAGCCGAUCGAUCCGUACAACUUCAUCUCCCCGGAUAACAAGAGGCUGCGAUUGAUACUGAAGAAGGAGUUGAAGAACAGUGAUGUUGGGUCACUUGGGAGGAUCGUGAUCCCGAAGAGGGAUGCUGAGGAAAAUCUUCCAAGCCUCAAUGCUAAGGAAGGAAUUCAAGUGGUGAUUAAAGAUAUCAACUCUCAUCAAGAGUGGAGCCUCAGAUACAAGUUUUGGUCAAACAACAAGAGCAGGAUGUAUGUGCUAGAGAACACAGGAGACUUUGUGAAGAAAAAUGAAUUGGAAAUAGGAGACACUGUCAUACUCUACGAGGACAAGAGCCACAACUUUUACUUCUCCAUCAAGAAGGCCGAAAAGCCAUUACAGGAGCUCCUGCAGAAACCUCACCAAAACCCUAACCGCCAUUACAGCAGCUUCCAAAUUGCGCCCACCACUUCCCCAUCACAUGAAGAGGAAGAUGCAGCCCUAGCCCUUCUCAUAGAGCAGCUCGGGCACAGGGAGCAGCAAGAAGUCACUCUCCACCUCAUGGAUUUUCCUCCUCCAUCAUCUCAAUACAUGGCCCCUGCCAAUGAGCCUCAGGCCGCGUUCAACUGCUUCACCAAGCAGGACAAUAACAACCAAAGAUCAGAUAACAAUACAGGGAUCCACUCCAAUGAUUUCUACAGCAGCUUUGACUCUCUCAAUGGAAUUAACCCAUGCACAUUCCCCUUUCUUGAUCAAUGGUCGGGCGCCCGUGGCGAAAAUCAACAAUGAUCAGAUGGGACAUUCUGCAGCUUCUUUGAGCUGCUGUGUUAUAU